AAUUUAUAUGCGACAGGCCUUUGCGUAUACAGCUCUGCAACAGCGGCUGGAGCUGGCGAAUGUACGUCUAGGACUGUGACAUUAAAGUAUCAGAAUUAUAAAUUUGGGGCUUGAUUGACACGGGCAAGGACCACCAAGCUAUUGCUCCUGCAGAGCCUCAAUGUUUGCAGUUGUACGUUUUUAAUCGACUAGAACUGUUAGUAUUUGCAACACUAGCCUAAUGUUGGCGAGCGGAGCCAGGCCCGUCGGAGCGUCGCAUCUCACCGUGACUGCAUUGUUUUUAUCAGUUGAACAACUGAUGCGGCAGAUGUGAUUGGCGACACUCUACUCUUAAACAUAACCAAAGCUAAGAUUUUGCAGUUUACAGUUCACAAGGACUGGGCUGUGUGCAAUAAAAAAAUAAACGUUAGCAUAACUGGUAAACCUUAGCUGACUGUAUCACAGUUAGCUAACUUCAUCUUAAUGACUUCCAGGCGGACAGGCUACCCAGGCAGCAUGGAUUCUUCUCCAUCAAGUAGUGGCCACGCUGGAAACCGUAAGCAAAGUAUAAUAAACAUUCCCGACAGAAUUGACUCAUGUUAUGAUCGUAAAGCGGACAAGAGUGGAUAUGGAGCCCUGCUGGGCAGCAUGACGGUAACGUCGCUCAAAUCCCGUCUCGCUCCGACUAUUCAGACAGCCAUGUCCGCUGCAGUGGACACUCUGCUCGGCGAAGUGGUGCUUGUGCUAAACGAAACUCAGCAGGAACUGUUGAACAAAGAGCAAGAGAACGAGAGACUCAAAGUGCGGCUUGAGGUGUCGGAGAGGGAGCUGAAGACUUUACAGGAGUGUCUGUGCAGCGCCCAGAAACUCAUAGACCAGCUUCAGGUGUCAUAUACAGGCCCCCAGGCAAUCAGUCAGUCCGUAUUUGCCCCGUCGCUGUCUUCCCUGGCCUCGAUGGCUUCAGGCUUGGACAGGGACCACCAGAACCCCAGAAAUGUAAAUGGAGCUGGUGUAGACUUGGGUCUAGGUGGCUCUGUGGAUGAGUCUCUUCAUGGUUUUGAACCAAGAGAUGAUUACAAAAUGUGCCAGCUUUCAAUCCAACCAGAUGGUUCGGUGACUAACCACACUCUGGACUCCUUUUCAUCCAGCACAUCUCAUAUGUGCUCAGAUUCCAGCAGACCAGAUGAGAGACAGCCUCAAGGACCAGGUGGAGCCUCCAGAUUUGAGAUCAAAGAGGAACAGGGACCAACUUCUGGCUCUGGUCAGCCCAGCAGGAAGGAACCUGGAUUACCUAAUGACACCCAAGAUGGAGAAAGAUCAUCCCAUAGUGUGGGAGAUAUUGGAUUUGGUCAGUGUGGAGGAGAAGGAAGCUCCCAGCGUUCUUUUACUCACCCACUACGUCAACAAAGAUCUGUACGUGAUUGUGGCAGUGCCUUGCAGCAGGGUGGACUUGAUGGACAGAAAGCUUUGGCCAGGACUUCAGGUACAGGUAGAGGAGACAGUGUUUCACCAGGCAGAGCAGAGGACUCUGCUGGACCUUCAGCCGCUGACACAGCAGGUGAGCCCUCUGCAGAUCGGCCUCACCACUGCUUAGAGUGUGGAAAGACCUUCCGUCUGAUCUCCAGCCUGAAGAAGCACAUCCGCAUCCACACAGGUGAGAAGCCCUACCCGUGUGGCGUCUGUGGCCGUCGCUUCCGCGAGUCUGGGGCACUCAAAACACAUCUGCGCAUACACACCGGUGAGAAGCCGUACUCUUGCUCCGAGUGUGGAAACUGCUUCCGCCACCUGGACGGUUUGCGCAAACACCGACGCACGCACACGGGGGAGAAGCCUUACGUGUGCGCGAUCUGUGGGAAGCGCCUGAGCCGGCUGCAGCACCUCAAACACCACCAGCUCAUUCACACUGGGGAACGACCGUGCUGCUGCCCCUUCUGCAACCGCACCUUCAAAGAGCCUGCAGCACUACGGAAACACGUCCGUACGCACCGCGAGGAAGGUGGUCACAUGGGAAUUGGCCCCAGUGAUGACACGGACCCAGAUGCCAUGGAUGAUAUUAACAACCUCCAUCCUGCAGCUCCAUCCCCUCAGAUGAGGUUUGGGGAGUGGGGGGCCGAGGAGGAAGACAGCUCAGUUGUGGACUGUGUUUAAAGGUUAAUAAAAGUGGUGUGUGACCACGUGAUUUUAACCCCAGUUUGGUUAAUAUUUGAAACAUUUAUGUGUUACAUGUGAAAACUUUUUCAAAUAUCCACUACGCAUUCUUUAAUUCACCUCUAGAGACUUAUCAAGCAGCAGCAGACAUGAGCAAAUUGUUAACGCUCCAGAGUUAAAGAUCUACCGAAUUCUCAUAAUGAAACUUUGGGAGUUGAUUGCAGAAAUUUGACGAACAUAAACUAAAAUGUUUUCAUCGGCCGGACUACGCCUACUGCUGUUUGAUUGUCUUCCACUUAAUGUUAGUAGAGACACCCGCUUUGUUUACUUUGACUCAGUGGAGACGAAGAUGGUGUCGGCUCAGGCUUCAUGUAAGACACAAACCGCGUACAUCGUGUUUACAGGGCAAUUCAGCGGAACCACUUAUCCCUCUGUUUGUCUUUUUAAAAAGAACGGAAGUGGAAAACAAUUUUAACAGUGUAGAUGGGUAUGAAAAAAGGUAGAGAAAUUUAUCUUUCAAAUUUACUUCACAUAAUUAGUAAAUCUAAUUUAUUAAUAAUUUAAUCAGAAAGUCUCCCGGAGACGGGGAGCAGGAACUGAUGAGGUUGAUUACCUUUUGGUUUGAAGGCAUCAGAGUGACUUGGUAGAGGGAAGAUGGGUUAAAAUCUCAGUUAUAUACUGUGGAGCUGAACCAUAAAAGCCUUUUUAAAAGCAAAUAAAAUAAAAUUAGUCUUGUAUCUGUUGGCCAGUGCAGCUGCUUUUUUUUUCCUGCAUCAUUCAGUGUUUCACAGACUAAUUUUGUUGACUGCUGUGGACCAAAUUUAUUAUUUCAGUCUUACUUUCAUUUAGUUAAAGGGAAUUACUUGCCAGCCAGCCUACAUAUUACUAAAGUUUGAACUUCAUAAAGUAAUAACCUUUUUUUACCCUAAGUAAUUUCACACAAUAUUAAUCUUAAAUGAGAAAUAUAAAUCAAAAGUUGAAAUUUGACUUCAUUCUUUUGUCGUGGCUGCUAUUUUAUUUAACUUUUCCAUUUUAAAAUGAUGUUUUUUGUGGUCAAAUGAAUUAACAAAAUUAGGUUGAAAUGUAAUUCUGAUUAUUUUGAAUGCAAAAAUAGAUUAGUUUAUAUAAAUCUAUUUAACAUAAUCUUUUAAAAAUGUUCCAAUAACGAAUUGUAAAUACACCACGUUGACUUGUGUAAAAUUAACUCCUUUUUUUGCCAUUUUCUAAAUGGUAUUUUUGAGCCCUCAACCUUGCUCAUAAUUGGAAUCUAACCCAUUUAAUCCAUAUUCAUGUAUAAAUCAAUGGCUAGAUGUCAGAUUGAUCCUGGUGAGGAAGUUUGGAAAAAUGAGUUGCAUUGUUAUGGAAUUAAGUAUGUUGAUAUAGCUUCAGUUUUCAUUCUGUCUGUAUCCUGUCAUCAGUAUUUUCAAACAUCUGUUUAAGGCUUUAUUUGCAGAUACCAAUUAAAUCCGAUAUCAAUGCAAAUCGAAUCCUUCCAUAAAACUAAAGUGUUAGUCAACAUUACUACAUUGACUAAACAAAAAUCUAGAUUAAAAUUCACAAUAAACACUUAUUAAACUGCACAUAAACCAGUAUCUAUGACUACAUUUGUCCUGCGAUGUGUGUGUGUGUGUGUGUUUUCACGAAGCAUGAGCCAGACCAGCACCCAACUCUGCCUUAUCUGUUCCCUCUGCAGAGCCCUUAUCAGUCACACUGCUAUCUGGGUGAAGUUAUCUCUAACAUGAACAACAACCAUCAGCACAUGUAUGCAUUUGUUUAGCAAAACAUUCGAGAUUAGCAAGCAUUGGCGUGUAACUAGAUAAAGAGCCUAGACCAUUUCUCCCAUCUGAUUAGUGUCUAUCUCAGACCACAUCUUGGUAUUUCUUUAAAGCUGCUAUUGCUAAGCUGCUAUCUAAAAAGCCUUUCAUUUUCAGGACUGCUAAUAAUGUUGCUACUGGCCAGUUAGAAGCAGUUACUAGCUGAGAGAUUUGCAUGGUCACGCCUGUUCCUCUACUAGGCUCAUGUCCUCCUCUGUAUAUAAGAAUGGAGUUUUAGCCGUUUUAUUUAGGGAGGGUUAUUAUGUGUAGAGGAAAAAAAAAGCUAAUUGCGACAACUAAUGUGCUUUGAAAACAUCACUACGCUAACAUAGAGUGUAAAUAUAUAAAUGUAUCUGAUCUAACAUUUAUUCCUGGUGCUCUGAUGGCAUUUUUCUUCUCAGCUUUUUGAGCUCAACCGUCUAGUGUUAGUUUACAGUUAUACUGAUGUAGUAAUGCCCAUGUAACGACUGCAGUAUAUGUAUAUUUACAAGUUUAGUCAAUGGAAAAGACACUAAAAGUGUUCAAAAUUUAAGUCGCUGUAUAUCCAGAUUACAAUUUGCCAAAGUAAACUCUAACCAGGUAAUCAUAUUUAUUGUGUUUUGUUUUUGUUUUUUUUUAUCACUAUUAUUAUUAUUAUUAUUCCACACUGGGGGACCUCUGCAUGUAGGUUCAAACAAAAAUGGCAUUACUCUUUUAGAAGUUGACGUUAAAUGUGAAAUGAAAACCUUUUGUAUGCGUCAGUGUUACAUUCACAUUCAUGCUGUUACCUACUGUAAAUGUUACUAUAUUAAAGGGCCUUCUUUAUA